CAGAGACAGACAGGUACAGACAGUUACAAAGUGAGAGACAGACACAGACAGACGGGUGAUGAAGAUGGUGUCCUCCUCGCGCUGCCUCCUCCUCCUCCUCUCUCUCACCGCCUCCAUCAGCUGCUGCUACGCCGCUCAGAGAGACUCCAAACUCCGCCUGUUGCUGCACAGGAGCCCGCUGCUCUCCAACAAACAGGAAUUGUCUCGCUCCUCGCUGGCCGAGCUGCUCCUGUCCGACCUCCUGCAGGUGGAGAACGAGGCUCUGGAGGAGGACAACUUCCCUCUGGCUGAUGGAGAACCUGAGGACAUCCAUAUGGAUCUGGAACGAGCCGCCGGCGCCACCGGGCCUCUGCUCGCCCCCCGAGAGAGGAAAGCAGGCUGCAAGAACUUCUUCUGGAAGACCUUCACUUCCUGCUGAGAGCUCCGGCCUCACCUUCAUCAGACUCUG